AUACCUAGAGAACGAAGUUGUGUUAAACCGAUAAGUUAGAGCCUAAACCAAUAUAAAUUAGUUAAGAAUCGGUUUGCAUUUCGGUUUGAAACCUCUCUUCUACAUGAUUUUUUUCCCGUCCACAAAAAAAAGUUAAAACUUUUGCUUCUUCUUCGCAUUCACUCAAACAAAGUAGAAGACGGAAUCCAGCCCAGUCACUUCCGCAAUCCCCCUUUCGUUAGGGUUCGGAGAUUGUUUAUUGGAGGUGUUUGUUGAUUUUUUUUUUCUUCUGUACAAUUUCCGACCUUUUUGGUAUAUUUUUCUCUGUUUUAUUGUUUUGGGACGAUCCAUCUGAUUUUGUGGCAUUUAGACCGAGGAAACACUCAAUCAUAUAUUCUGAUCUUUGCCUUGUCAUUAUCUGGAGAUUGCCAACAAUGUCUGAACUCAAAGAGCGUUUGCUUCCUCCAAGACCUGCGUCAGCUAUAAACCUUAGAGGGGAUGCAGGUUCUCGUCCUUCUCCAUCAGGGAGACAACCACUCCUUGGAGUUGAUGUUUUGGGUCUCAAGAAGCGUGGACAAGGGCUUAAGUCUUGGAUUCGUGUUGAUACUUUUGCCAAUUCUCAGGUCAUUGAGGUUGAUAAGUUCACUAUGAUGCGCAGAUGUGAUUUACCAGCACGUGAUUUAAGGCUGCUUGAUCCUUUGUUUGUGUAUCCGUCAACCAUUCUUGGCAGAGAGAAGGCUAUUGUUGUUAACUUAGAGCAGAUCCGUUGUAUUAUUACUGCGGAUGAGGUUUUGCUCUUGAAUUCCCUUGACAACUAUGUGCUUCGCUAUGUUGUUGAGCUGCAGCAGAGACUAAAGGCAAGUUCUGUUACUGAGGUUUGGAAUCAGGACACACUCGAAUUGAGCAGGAGGAGGAGUAGAAGUUUAGACAAUGUGUUUCAGAACUCAUCCCCUGAUUAUUUACCUUUCGAGUUCAGGGCUCUUGAAGUUGCCCUUGAAGCUGCUUGUACCUUCCUUGAUUCCCAGGCUUCAGAGUUAGAGAUUGAGGCAUACCCAUUAUUGGAUGAGCUUACCUCAAAGAUCAGUACUUUAAACUUGGAGCGUGCACGUAGACUAAAGAGCAGACUUGUAGCAUUGACGAGAAGAGUUCAGAAGGUUCGGGAUGAGAUUGAACAGCUAAUGGACGAUGAUGGGGAUAUGGCAGAAAUGUAUCUAACAGAGAAGAAGAAGAGAAUGGAAGGAUCUUUAUAUGGUGAUCAAUCUUUACCUGUUUACCGAUCAAAUGAUUGUUUUUCUCUGUCUGCACCAGUGUCUCCUGUUUCUUCUCCUCCUGGGUCCCGUAGACUUGAGAAAAGCUUGAGCAUUGUAAGGAGCCGGCAUGACAGCGCUAAGAGCUCAGAAGGCGCAACCGAGAAUAUAGAGGAGCUAGAGAUGUUGCUGGAAGCAUACUUUGUUGUCAUCGAUAGCACUCUCAACAAGCUUACCUCGUUAAAGGAAUACAUCGAUGAUACCGAAGAUUUCAUCAACAUUCAAUUGGAUAACGUACGGAAUCAGCUGAUCCAGUUCGAGCUGCUGCUAACUACUGCGACAUUCGUUGUAGCCAUAUUCGGGGUUGUAGCCGGGAUCUUUGGGAUGAAUUUUGAAAUAGACUUCUUUGAACAGCCUGGUGCUUUCAAAUGGGUUUUGACCAUUACUGGAGUGUGUGGCCUUGUUGUAUUUUUGGCAUUCGUUUGGUUCUACAAACGUAGAAGACUCAUGCCUCUGUGAAGACAUAACUGCCCUGACACGUAGACGAUUGUUUUACUUUUUGCUUAAAUUUAUAUAUUAAUCGUCUGUGACCUUUACUUUACAAGAUGAAACAGUAUUUUUUUUUUU